AUGCUUCCCGGGCUCGUACUGGAGUUUUACGAGGGAAAGAAUGUCAUGGAGUACACAAAGCGUGAAAAUUCUGAUGAAACCAAGCUACGACUGGUUGGGGAAAUUGCUUUGGGAUUGAAAUACUUGCAUCAACAAUGGCCGCCUAUCAUUCAUGGUGACUUGCGAGGGGCGAAUGUACUCAUUGAUAGCAAAGGACACGCCGUAGUGGCCGACUACGGCUUGGCCUUGAUAAUCGAUUCAUCUGAGUUCACCUCUAUCAAAACCGCAGGCACUUGUCGAUGGACUGCACCAGAAAUUAUGGAUCCUCCAGCCAAUGGCGAUAUACCCUUACCUCAAUUUACCGUCAAGAGUGACAUAUUUUCCUAUGCUAUGACCGUCUUUGAGAUCUUUGCUGGGGAACAACCAUUUAACGACAAGAAAAGCGAUGGCAACGUUAUCUUUGCCAUCUUGGACGGGAGUCGCCCAGUGCUGCCGGAGUCUAUUGAAAGCAGGGCCAAUCUAGCAAACCUCGUCACACAGAGCUGGAGUCAGAACGCCGAUCAAAGACCAAACGCUCGUCAGAUCUGCCGCAGAUUGGGAUUGACAACUUGGUACGGGGAUUGGAUGGACACUCUCCGUGGAUAUCUGCCAGUGUAG